CAUAUUGGCCUUCCAGGGAAACAUUUGAGGAACCCUGAAAUACAUGUUUUGUUAGAAAACAAAGACAUGCAGUGCAAACAAAACUAGUGAUUUGUUUGAUGCGUUAGCCAGCUAUUAUAUUGGUGACCUGAAUCUGUGGAAUUACAUCACAGUAAAAUUUAAUCUGCAAGUGAUAAUGCAGCUCUGUCCAUUUAAGACUUGAGCUUGAUGAAAGUCCUUCAUUGUUCCCUUUAUAAUGGAAAGCCCACUUCUACAAACUAUUUAGACGGAACCCUGAACAACCUCAGCUGUUCCAGCACCAUACACAAUGACUGCAAGUGUGUGUGCAUACGCCAUCUCAAUAUGCAACGUUCAGCACCUGUGGACCCCACAAAGAUGGGCGUUGGAAAGGCCAUCGCUGUCCUCACCUCUGGAGGAGAUGCACAAGGUAUGAAUGCUGCUGUCCGAGCCACGGUGAGAGUUGGGAUCUACACCGGUGCGAAAGUCUAUUUUGUACAUGAGGUCCGUACAUCGAAGCACAUACACAUAAGAAAUAAAGAAUUAAAGGGUUAUCAGGGCCUAGUCGAUGGAGGAGAUAACAUCGGACAAGCAACUUGGGAGAGCGUGUCAAUGAUGCUGCAGCUGGGUGGCACAGUCAUUGGCAGUGCCCGGUGUCAGGACUUCCGCUCUAAAGAGGGUAGAGCUAAAGCAGCAUGUAACCUGGUGAAGUUGGGCAUCACUAAUCUGUGUGUUAUUGGUGGAGAUGGGAGCCUGACAGGCGCCAAUGAGUUUCGCAAUGAGUGGAGUGAGCUGCUCCAAAUCUUGCUGAAAGCAGGUAAAAUCACAGCAGAGGAGGCUAAACGUUCAUCUCAUCUGAACAUUGUUGGGAUGGUGGGAUCCAUCGACAAUGAUUUCUGUGGCACAGACAUGACCAUUGGCACUGAUUCAGCUCUGCACAGGAUCAUGGAAGUAGUGGAUGCUAUCACAACAACAGCAACGAGUCAUCAAAGAGUAUUCAUUCUGGAAGUUAUGGGGAGGCAUUGUGGAUAUUUGGCCUUAGUCACUGCCCUGGCGUGUGGCGCUGACUGGGUUUUUAUUCCUGAAAUGCCUCCAGCUGAAGGAUGGGAGGAACAUCUGUGCAGGAGACUUACCCAUCAAAGAAGCAUUGGCAAUCGUCUGAAUAUCAUCAUUUUGGCAGAAGGUGCUCUGGAUCGCCAUGGCAAACACAUCACCUGUGAUAUUAUCAUGAACCUGAUCACUAAGAAGCUGAGCUUUGACACACGCGCCACUAUUUUGGGUCAUGUGCAGAGAGGAGGAACACCUUCCGCCUUUGACAGAAUCUUGGGCAGUAGGAUGGGGGUGGAGGCUGUGAUGGCGUUGCUUGAGGCCACUCCUGACACCCCUGCAUGUGUGGUCAGUCUGUCUGGAAACAUGGCUGUUCGACUGCCUCUUAUGGAGUGUGUGCACCUGACAAAGGAAGUAACCAAAGCUAUGGAAGAGGGCAGAUUUGAGGAAGCCAUUAAGCUAAGGGGAAAGAGUUUUGAGCACAAUUGGAACACGUAUAAACUCUUGGCCCAUGUGACCGCCCCAGACGUGAAGAGUAAUAUAAACAUAGCUAUCAUGAACGUUGGAGCUCCAUGUGCAGGAAUGAAUGCAGCAGUCCGUUCAGCCGUCAGGAUCGGUAUCCUUCAAGGACACAACAUGCUAGCUGUACAUGACGGCUUUGAUGGACUUGCACACGGAACUAUUGAACCAAUGACAUGGGGCUAUGUUGGAGGCUGGACAGGCAAAGGUGGUUCUAAUUUAGGAACCAAGAGGUCACUGCCAACUAGUAUGAUUGAAGAGAUCAGUCUGAACAUAACCAAGUUUAACAUUCACGCCCUGGUUAUCAUUGGAGGGUUUGAGGCCUUUGUUGGAGGUUUGGAAUUAGUGACUGCCAGAGAAAAAUAUGAGGAAUUGUGUAUUCCCCUGGUUGUUAUUCCAGCUACUGUGUCUAAUAACAUUCCUGGAUCAGACUUCAGCAUCGGUGCUGAUACUGCUCUCAAUACUAUCACAACUACAUGCGAUAGAAUCAAGCAAUCCGCAGCUGGGACAAAGCGCAGGGUUUUCCUCAUUGAAACGAUGGGGGGAUAUUGUGGAUAUCUGGCAACUAUGGGAGGACUGGCUGCGGGGGCUGAUGCUGCUUAUAUCUAUGAAGAACGAUUUGGCAUUCGCGACCUGGAGACAAACGUGGAGCACUUAUUGGAGAAAAUGAAGACCACGGUAAAAAGAGGCCUCAUCCUUAGGAAUGAGAAAUGUAAUGCAAACUACACCACAGAUUUUCUCUUCAGCUUGUACUCCGAAGAGGGCAAGGGAGUUUUUGACUGCCGCAAGAAUGUGCUUGGGCACAUGCAGCAGGGUGGAACCCCUACACCUUUUGAUAGGACCUUUGGCACAAAGAUGGGUGCAAAAGCAGUGUUGUGGUUGACUGAUAAACUGAAGGAGUGUUACAGACAUGGACGUAUCUUUGCUAACACGCCGGACUCUGCCUGUGUUCUGGGAAUGAAGAAGAGAGCCAUGGUAUUCCAGCCUCUCUCUGAUCUCAAAGAGAUCUAAAACUACUAGAUUUCGGAUUUUGGAUCAUGUCUGGACUAAACUGUACUAUUGUUUGAAAAUGAAUAAAACUGACUAAAUGCAACCUGUAUAUUAAAGACGUUUUCAAUGAACAUAGAAAAUAUUGAAAAGAUAUUUGAAGAUUCAUAUUAAUAUCAAUUUCGGGAGAAAACGACACUGUGUUUUGGUUUUGUUUUAAAGGGCCAACAAAUUACUUCAUUUAAAUUGAGCAAAGUUCCAAAGUGCUCAGUUUUUCUUAUGGUAAGAUACGACCAAAAAAACAAACAAACCAAAAAGAAAAACAUUGUAUUCUUGCAUUAUUAAAAUAAAACCUCAAAUAUACCAAUCCUACCA